AUGCCGCCCAAGGCUCUGCAGCCUCCCAACACCUUGACCGCUCCGGGCCAUGACCAAAUACCGACGCCGACUGAGCAAAAGCAUGCCUCGAGCGGCACCCACAAGCCCUCGUCUUCAGCGAGGGCCUGGAAGUCGGCCAACGACAACCUCAUGCUCGAGUUCGCGUUCGCUGUGAUUGGUCAACUGCUGUCCAACCUGAUGAUUCUCCAAAGAGUCUCUUCGGAGACCAACAAGGCGCUCGUGGCGGUGCCCAUUACUAAGGACGACGAGGCAGAGGCACACCUUUGUCGAGUAGCGCGACUGACGCUGCGAAAGGAAGUUCAAUUCCCAUAA